CUUCCUCACCUCAGAUCUCCUCUAUCAGCUCCGGAAGCCCGUAGUUUGUCUCCAUCCUCCCUUUGCUCAUAUUUAUGCAUCAGGCGUCUCUGCAGAGAGACGUUUGGAGGUUGGUGUUUUUAGGAGGUGUCCCCCUCCCUCUCUGCCUCCCUCCCACGGAUCCGCGCUCAGCCGCUCUCUGCGUUCAGACGCGUCAGCGACCCACCGAUGGCCCACCAUCAGGCGGACUGCUCCAACCAGACCCUCCGCUUCCCCUAGCGAAGGCAGAGCUGCGAGAGGUUCAUAUUUUGGGAUAUACUGCAUUGCUUUUAAUUUUCUACCAAAGAAAGGAAGGUGAUGAUGCUGAGGAUGCCAUGGUGGAUUUCCCUUUUGUGCGUCUGUGGAUUGAUCCAAGUCGGUCACCAGAGCAGCCUUCAUCCCUCAAAUGGAGACGCCUUGUCGAGCCUGAAGGCUCGUCGGGAUGCGGGCAGGUUCGUGGGGAAGGAGGACACGGUGCCUCUCCGCCUCGUGUACAGCAGGCACAGCCACAGGCAGAUUACCCACGAUGAGCUCAGCACCAGAGUGAAGGCCAGCCCGGGUUCCACGCAGAUGGAACAUGUAUCCCAGGCCACCUUUCAAGUUGAUGCUUUUGGAAAAACAUUUAUCCUGGAUGUGGAACUGAAUCAUGACCUCCUGUCUUCUGGGUACGAGGAGAGGCAUUUAUCAGAAAAUGGGAAGAUCGUCGUCACCAGCGGAGGAGAACACUGCUACUACCAGGGGAAGAUAAGAGACGUACCCCGCUCCUUCGUGGCUCUUUCAACCUGUCACGGAUUGCAUGGGAUGUUUUUUGAUGGCAAUCACACCUACAUGAUUGAACCUGGAGGACAGGCCAACAAUAGCGUAAGUGCUCUUUAAACCCACAUUUGUACUGCGAAGGUGCUGGAGAUUUUUAACUUGCCCUCCUUAUAUUUUUUCAAG